AUAAAGCCUUUGGCCAUUUAUUAAAAAAAAAACUGUCAAAGUUACGUCAAAAGUAGCGGGACUAAAGUUUUACCUUACUUUAAGAACCUGCAGUGUACCUUUUUAUUUAUCUAUCACUUGGACAAACAGGUUUAAAUUUUAUAUAUUUAAUGCGACACAACUCCAUUCGGCGGCCGGAUAAAACCAGCGAGUGAAGUUGUGUAUCGCCGCUCAGCCACACGAAUUCACGUGCUUUGUCUCCUUUACUUUUAGUUUAAGUAUUAAAAUAAACACAUAAACAUGUCCUCAGUAACUAUAAAUUCUAUUACAGUAAAAUUACUUAUCUUUGUUAUUGGAGUGGUGGCUGCUAUUCCUAUUGAAGAUACAUUAAUCCAUAAAGAUUAUUUCCAAGAUCGUUUAAUAGUGUACCAAAGUGAACAUGAUAUAGUUAAUAUAUUAGUGCCAACAAAUUCGAUUAAUUUUGAUGACAAAGAUGAAAUGAAUAAUAUUGAUGAUUAUCAUAAAAAACUAGUUAUAUUUUUUGUUGAAGCUGAUAUUAAAAAUGGUGAGAGAAUUGAUAAAGGAUUAUUUGUAUUGAAAAAUGGUAAUGUAUCGAAAUUAUUGGACAAUGGUCGAGAUGCUGCUGCCAGUGCGGAUGAUAGUCAGAAUGUUUUCUUUGGUACAGAAAAUGGUAUUUACAUUUACAAUAAUUUACGAAUUAAAGCUGAAGCAUAUGGUAAUGUAACAGAUAAUGUGAUAUCUAUAGUAAAAGAAAAUGGUACAGAUGCUAUUUAUUAUCUAAAUAAAGAUAAUGAAUUAUUCAAAGUGACAGAAAAAGGAAAUAAAGUCAUAAAAAUCAAUGAAGUUGUUGACGCACAAGAAAUGGUAUUAGAUAUGAAAAAUAAUUUAUAUUACAUAACGAAAGAUAAAGAAAUUUUUGUAUAUAACAACAGUAGUAUUAAAAAAAUAGAAGGUUUCCCAGAAAAAGCUGAAUAUUUUAAACUUAUUAAACCUCCAACUAUGAUAAAAGACAGCGCUUUAGUACUUUGUGACAAUCAGUUUUAUUGGAUUUAUUCCAAUGGGACGUGCGAAAAGACACGUUUUCAAAUUGAAACAGAUGCAAGGCCAACAGCAUACGCUAUGGAAGCAGGAAUAUUUCAAUUUUAUUCAUAUAAUAAGAAAAUAUAUAGAUAUAAUAUUAUUGAACAACAGAAGGAACCAUUGAAAGAACUAGGCUAUUGGAAUGGUGAGGAACCAUCGAAGGAGGUGUACAGAUGUUUAUUUCCCAAGUUUAAGACUCUCAGAAAGCUAGAAUAUUAUUUAGUUGAUGGUUCUGAUAAUAGAGCGACUGUUUUGAAUUAGUAUAUUUUUUAUACUUAUUUUUUAUUGUGUAAAAUA